AUGGAUGACGAAUUUGGGGAGACCUACAUGGAUGAGUUUGGCGAGGCCUUUGGGGAAGAUGAAGAAGAUAUAUUCGACGAAGAUUUCGACGAAGUCAAUGACGUAGAUUUGGGAGUUAAACGCGGGGAUGUUGACAUAAUUACGGAUCCAAAUGAUCCGAGAGUACAUGUGAGCUCCAGUAAUCGCAUAACGAGUCCUUAUCUCACCAAGUAUGAGAAAGCACGUAUUAUUGGCACCAGGGCAUUGCAAAUUAGCCUCAACGCGCCUAUAACAAUACCUUUUGAUUUUGGAGAACAAGAUACUAUAGACUCUGCCUCAAUGGUAGAUGCAGCAAUUGAUCCACUUGUGAUCGCCGAAAAGGAGCUAUACCAAAAAACCAUUCCUUUUACAAUCAGGAGAUAUCUACCAAAUGGCAGUUAUGAAGAUUGGAAGAUACAAGAACUCAUUAUAGAUUAA